AACUUUACUCCCUUUUCUUUCACCUCUCUCUUUUAUUUUCCCUUUUCACCACACCCAUUGCUUUGCUACACUGCACCACAAAUACAAAAUUGGGUUCAAUUUGGAGUUAUGGGUUCGGGGAAUUUUCUUCAAGUCGUGGCCAACAACUUCGGAGUGCUUGCUCUGCCUCUGGUUUCUCUCGUGUAUCCCCUUUAUGCUUCAAUCAAGGCUAUAGAGACAAAGUCAAUAGUAGACGACCAACAAUGGCUCACGUAUUGGGUUUUAUAUUCUCUCAUGACUCUCUUCGAGCUCACCUUCGUCAAAAUACUCGAAGCGGUAGCCAUUUGGGAGUACGUGAAGCUGAUAAUAAUGUGCUGGCUGGUGCUGCCACAUUUCAAUGGAGCAGCACACGUUUACAAGAACUUCAUUAGGCCAUUCUACAUGAACCCUCAAACUUCUACUCUCUGGUACAUACCUCAGAAAACCAAACAUAUUUUCAGUACUCCAGAUGAUGUUUUAAGUGCUGCUGAGAAGUACAUGGAAGAGCAUGGGACUGAAGCUUUCGAAAGGCUUAUGAACAAGGCAGAGCGAGAGAGAUCGAGGAGGAACAGCAAUUACAUGAUUUUCGAUGAUGAUUAUGUAUAUUAAUGAACUUUCUAGAUCUCUAAUUAAAUUAGUGCGUUUUUAUAUAUUUUGAUUUGUAGUAGUCUAGGAGAGUUCAGGGAGACGAUUAUUUUGUUAAGAAAAAAGAUGUGUAAGAAUAUGACUCAUGCUAGGAAACCACGUUAUAUGAUGUGUCUCUAACUCUUUUCAAUUUAAAUUUACGAAUUUUGUGUAAUCUUUUGCAA